AUGGCCACAUCCCACGCCGUCACCGCCCGGCACUGCCACCCGGGUCCAGGCUGCUGCCUGCACGUGGGAUCCAUCGGGCAGCCGGGCACAGUAAAGACCCGGCCCUUGGGACGCAGGGCAGAGCCGGCCACCUGGUCCCUUCCAGCCAGCAGAGGCGAGGGAAGGCGUCACUGUCCCGGCGGGGAGACGGGCAGCACGCCCCGCCCCGCACCAGCAGCCUCCGCCGGGGCGCCCUCACUCCCUGCUUGGCUCCGUCUCUCCGCACCCGGCAGGGUUAGGGCGCCCGAGCCCUGGGGUCGUCGUGGGCAGCUGCUACUCAGUGCCAACCCCGUGGGGCACAGAGCCAUAUACCUCGCUGUCCGGCCCCCACCCAGCCUCGCCGUCCCACCCCACUGUCUCCACUUCAGGAAAAGCCGCACUUUACACCCCCACCUGCCUCUUCCCCCUCCAUCCCUGCUCCCCGAUCCUGAGUGGUUGGGGCAGGGAGCCUCCGGAGGAGCCGGCCCUGCUGGCCACGUGGGGGCCAGACUCCAGCCUGUUUCCCCAGCCCUGCAGGUCUUCCUUCUGUGGGAAGCUUCCCAGGGAGAGGGCUCGGAGUCCUGGUCCCCCUCCUCCCCGGCCCCCUCGUUCGUUUCUGUUUCUGUUUACACGUUGGAGUGGGGUCCUCCGUGGGCGGCGGCGCGCCCUGCCCCGGGUGCCGUCCAGCCUCUUGUGUUCGAGCGCCUUUCCGAGUGGGACUCGACCAUCCCUCACCCCACCAAGGACCACACUGUGAAAUUUUUCAGUACCACUGGUUUUGAGCAGUUUGAUGAGGCUGUGCUUUGGUGUAUUGAGGAGUCUGAUGAGGCUGUGCUUUGGUGUAUUGAGGAGUUUGAUGAGGCUGUGCUUUGGUGUAUUGAGGAGUCUGAUGAGGAUGUGCUUUGGUGUAUUGAGUCUGAUGAGGCUGUGCUUUGGUGUAUUGAGGAGUCUGAUGAGGAUGUGCUUUGGUGUAUUGAGUCUGAUGAGGAUGUGCUUUGGUGUAUUGAGGAGUCUGAUGAGGCUGUGCUUUGGUGUAUUGAGUCUGAUGAGGCUGUGCUUUGGUGUAUUGAGUCUGAUGAGGCUGUGCUUUGGUGUAUUGAGGAGUCUGAUGAGGCUGUGCUUUGGUGUAUUGAGGAGUUUGAUGAGGCUGUGCUUUGGUGUAUUGAGGAGUCUGAUGAGGCUGUGCUUUGGUGUAUUGAGUCUGAUGAGGAUGUGCUUUGGUGUAUUGAGUCUGAUGAGGAUGUGCUUUGGUGUAUUGAGUCUGAUGAGGCUGUGCUUUGGUGUAUUGAGUCUGAUGAGGCUGUGCUUUGGUGUAUUGAGGAGUCUGAUGAGGCUGUGCUUUGGUGUAUUGAGUCUGAUGAGGCUGUGCUUUGGUGUAUUGAGGAGUCUGAUGAGGCUGUGCUUUGGUGUAUUGAGGAGUCUGAUGAGGCUGUGCUUUGGUGUAUUGAGUCUGAUGAGGAUGUGCUUUGGUGUAUUGAGUCUGAUGAGGCUGUGCUUUGGUGUAUUGAGUCUGAUGAGGAUGUGCUUUGGUGUAUUGAGUCUGAUGAGGCUGUGCUUUGGUGUAUUGAGGAGUCUGAUGAGGCUGUGCUUUGGUGUAUUGAGUCUGAUGAGGCUGUGCUUUGGUGUAUUGAGUCUGAUGAGGCUGUGCUUUGGUGUAUUGAGGAGUCUGAUGAGGAUGUGCUUUGGUGUAUUGAGGAGUUGGAUGAGGCUGUGCUUUGGUGUAUUGAGUCUGAUGAGGAUGUGCUUUGGUGUAUUGAGGAGUUUGAUGAGGCUGUGCUUUGGUGUAUUGAGGAGUUGGAUGAGGCUGUGCUUUGGUGUAUUGAGGAGUCUGAUGAGGCUGUGCUUUGGUGUAUUGAGGAGUUGGAUGAGGCUGUGCUUUGGUGUAUUGAGUUGGAUGAGGCUGUGCUUUGGUGUAUUGAGUCUGAUGAGGAUGUGCUUUGGUGUAUUGAGUCGGAUGAUGAUGUGCUUUGGUGUAUUGAGGAGUCUGAUGAGGAUGUGCUUUGGUGUAUUGAGGAGUCUGAUGAGGCUGUGCUUUGGUGUAUUGAGGAGUCUGAUGAGGAUGUGCUUUGGUGUACACGGACAGUAUGUAGCCUUUGAGAUUGGCUUCUUUCAUAUUCAUUGAAGGCUUCACCAUGUCUUUUUGUGGCUUGACAGCUCAUUUCUUUUUAGCGCUGAAUGAUACUCCAUCCUGGGUGUGUGCUGCAGCUUGUUUAUCUACAUACCUAUUGAAGAACAUCUUAGCAGCUUCCAGGCUUCGGCAGUUACCCAUAAAGCUGCUGUAAACUCCCAUGUGCGGGUUUUUGUUUUGACACAACUUUUCUUUUUUUUUUUUUUUUUUUUUUUGAGACGGAGUCUUGCUCUGUCACCCAGGCUGGAGUGCAGUGGCGCAAUCUCGGCUCACUGCAAGCUCCGCCUCCCGGGUUCACGCCAUUCUCCUGCCUCAGCCUCUCCGCGUAGCUGGGACUACAGGCGCCCGCCACCACGCCCGGCUAAUUUUUUUGUAUUUUUAGUAGAGACGGGGUUUCACCGUGGUCUCGAUCUUCUGACCUCGUGAUCCACCCGCCUCAGCCUCCCAAAGUGCUGGGAUUACAGGCGUGAGCCACCGCGCCCGGCUUGACACAACUUUUCAGCCCGUUUGGGUGAAUAAAGAAGCCUGAUGGCCAGACCGUGUCAUGAGACCAUGUUUAAUGAGAAGCUACCGUUUCACUCCCACCAGCAAUGAGUAAGAGUUCCCGAGGCCCACAUCCUCCCCAGUGUUUGGUGGUGUCAGUAUUUUGUGUUUGGUCAUUCGAAUAGGUGUGUAGUGGAUCUUGUUUUCCAUAGCCUUUGAAGAUGUGUAUAUUUCUGUACCUUUCUGGUGCUCUCAAGUUCUUCAUUCAGACUCCGUGUUGCCAAGAGGGAUAAUUUUCUUUGAGUCUGAAGUGCCGUAUUUAAUAUGUAUUGUCUUGUAGAUCCUCUGCAGUGACAUUCUGCCUAGGCUUAGCCCUUACAUGGAUCAAAAGACCCUAAUUCCUCCUCCUUUUUUGAAGUGCAUUUUUACAGGAUAUAUGAUUCUGAGUGGACUGUGUUUUUCUCUGGGCGUGUUAAAGUUGUUCUAUUCAUGCCUGCUUUCCGUUGUUUCUGAUGAGGAAUUUUCUCUUUCUUCUGUUUUCCUUACUAAGAAAUCUCUUACCUCUGACUAAUAUACAUGAUUUUCUUUUAUUUUUGGACUUCAGCCGUUUGUGAUACACCUGGGUCUAGUUUUCUAAACUGAGCUACUUCGACCUGAGGGUGGGUGCAUUUUGAUAGAUUUUGAAGUCUUGACCGUUAUUUCUGCAGAUAUUUCUGUUUUCUUUUUCUUUCUUAGAGUUCCAUUUCUGAAAGAGUAUUUCUCAAAUUUUUCUGAUGUCCACUCUCUGUCUUUUGGGUCUUUGGUACACAUGCCCUGUCCUGGGUGCUGUCCCACAGGUGUCUCCAGUCAUAGGUAUUACGGCCGUGGUGACCCACAGUGUCUCCAGUCACUGGUGUGACAGCCGUGGGUGUUGUCCCACAGUCUCUCCAGUCACUCAUGUUACAACCCUGGGUGUUGCCUCACAGCUCUCUCUCUGUUUUAUUUUUUUCUCUCUCUGUGCUUCUGUUUGAAUAAUUUCUUUCUUUGCUUUUUUUCUUUUUCGGAGAUGGAGGCUUGCUCUGUCGCCCAGGCUGGAGUGCAGUGGCAUGAUGGUGGCUCACUGCAACCUCCAUCUCCUGGGUUCAAGCGAUUCUCCUGCCUCAGCCUUCCCAGUAGCUGGGAUUACAGGUGUGCGCCACCACGCCCGGCUAAUUUUUGUUGUAUUUUUAGUAGACACGGGGUUUCACCAUAUUGGCCAGGCUGGUCUCGAACUCCUGACCUCGUGAGCUGCCCGCCUCGGCCUCCCAAAGUGCUGGGAUUACAGGCGUGAGCCAGUGUGCCUGGCCUCUGGAUAAUUUCUAUCGACAUGUCUUUGAUGUUACCAAUCCUCUUUUCUGAUAUUCCAGAUUGCUAUUUAGUCUGUUUCACAAAAUUUUUAUUUCCCAUACUGUAUAUUUUAAUAGUUGCUCUUACGUGGUUUUAACUUUUCUGCCGAAAUUCUCCAUUUUCUCACUUCCCCCCAUCUUUUCUCCAAUCUUUAACCUUUUAAUAAUAGUUACUUUAAAUCAUUGUCAUUCUUUCCUUUGCCUUUUUUUUUUUUUUUUUUUUUUUUUUUUUGAGAUGCGUUCUUGCUCUGUCGCCCAGGCUGGAAUGCAGUGGCACGAUCUCGGCUCACUGUAACCUCUACCUCCCAGGCUCAAGCGAUUCUCCUGCCUCAGCCUCCUGAGUAGCUGGGAUUACAGGCACAGACCACCACGCCCGGCUAAUUUUUUGUAUUUUUAGUAGAGAUGCGGUUUCACCAUGUUGGCCAGGAUGGUCUCGAACUCCUGACCUCAGGUGAUCCACCCGCCUCAGCCUCCCAAAGUGCUGGGAUUACAGGCGUGAGCCACUGAGCUCAGCCCUUUUUUUUUGGGGGGGAUGGAGUCUCGCUCUGUUGCCCAGGGUGGAAUGUGGUGGCGUGAUCUCGGUUCACUGCAACCCCUGCCUCCCAGGUUUAAGUGAUUCUCCUGCCUCAGCCUCUGGAGUAGCUGGGAUUACAGGCGCACACCACCACGCCACACACGCUGCCAUGUCCGGCUAAUUUUUAUAUUCUUAGUAGAGAUGGGCUUUCACCAUGUUGGCCAGGCUGGUCUCAAACUCUUGACCUUGUGAUCCGCCCGCCUCGGCCUCCCAAAGUGCUGGGAUGACAGGCGUGAGCCACUGCGCCCGGCCCGGAAGCUAUACUCUUAAGACCCAGUCUGGGGAUGCCAGGGCCUUCAGAAACAGGAAUCAGGAGUCACCAUCCACAUGAGGAUGUUUCGGUGCUUCUGUUUCUCUGCUGCCUGAACUGACCUUCUUCUCAGGGGCAGUGCCCUUCGUGGCGACUGAGAUGGCACCAGAAGCGCCAGGCACACAACCUUACAUCUGUGAUUUCUGUGGGAAGCCUGUGUCUUGCCCAACUGUUCCAAUAAAACUCCUGGGUAAAAUUUGUUUUUGGGUCUUGUGCCCAUAAUUGAAUCAGGAACUGCCGAGCAAAAGGGGUGUCCUGGUUGGCCAGGACAGGGUUCCUUGUUCCCCUUCAGUAGCAGGGCAGGCCCCAUGGAGAAGGAAUAGUAAGAGGGAGGAGCACAUGGGCAGGCCGGGCGCAGCCACCCAGAGGCAUGAGCGUCCCAUUUGUGUGGGGUGAGCACAAAGGUCAGGAGGGCAGUGCAGGAACAACUUCCCUCUUAGGCCAAGGCAUCUGAAACUGUGGGAAGGCAGUCGGGAGCCUUAGUGUUUUUUUAGCUGAAGUAGAGUCAUGCUUUAGGGAGACAGGAUUUAUUUGUUUAUUUAUUUAUUUAUUUUUUAUUUUUUUGUUUUGAGACGGAGUCUCGCUCUGUCACCCAGGCUGGAGUGCAGUGGUGCGAUCUCGGCUCACUGCAAGCUCCGCCUCCCGGGUUCACGCCAUUCUCCUGCCUCAGCCUCUCCGAGUAGCUGGGACUACAGGCGCCCGCCACCAUGCCCGGCUAAUUUUUUUUGUAUUUUUAGUAGAGACGGGGUUUCACUGUGGUCUCGAUCUCCUGACCUCGUGAUCCGUCCGCCUUGGCCUCCCACAGUGCUGGGAUUACAAGCGUGAGCCACCGCACCCGGCCCAAGGGAGACUGGAUUUUAUUGGAAUAUCUAAGAUAGGUUGGAGCUGGGAGAGACCAUGGGAUGCCAUUUGUUGACUACUAAUGUUCUGUUCUUGUCCAUGGUGUCUUGUGUUUCUGAGGGUGCACUAGAUGUGGGUAAGACAGUUAAGAAGCAGAGGGGAUACUGUUUUGCCCCAGGAAGGGCUUGUCCCUCCCCUGUCAGCAGCUGGGUUGAUGUGCUGGUCUGGAGGAGCUGGGCUGGCCUGCUCACCGCUUGUGUGGCAUAGCUUUGCCUCUGGGUUAGCUGUGGGAUGGUGGAAUCCUGCCCUUCCUGCAGCCCAGACCUAGGCAGGAGGACCUGGAGGGCCCGCUCUGCCUUGGGGCUCUUCCGGAUUCAUCUGACACCAGGCUCCUAGGACUAAUGAGGCCUCCACCAGAGUUGGUCUUGACUAACCUCAGGAGGGCUCAUACCUCUCAGGAACAAACUUACCGUCCUCAGCUUUUCGGCAGCCAUAAAUG